AUGCCCUUCAACACACAACUCACCCGCGCUCUGGGGAUCAAGAUUCCUAUAGUCCAAGGAGGCAUGCAAUGGGUCGGCUACGCAGAACUCGCCUCCGCCGUCUCCAACGCCGGCGGCCUGGGGAUCCUCACAGCUCUGACCCAACCCACCCCCGAAGACCUGCGCAAAGAAAUCCGCAGAUGCAAGACCAUGACCACCAAGCCCUUCGGCGUAAACAUCACGCUGCUCCCCUCUAUAAACCCCCCCGACUACCCCGCCUACACACAAGUCAUUAUCGACGAGGGCAUCAAGAUCGUGGAGACGGCUGGAAACUCUCCUGGUCCGAUCAUCAAGAUGUUGAAGGCGGUCGGCACCAUAAUCUUGCACAAGUGCACUACGAUCAGACAUGCCGAGAGUGCCGCUAAGCUCGGCGUGGACUUUCUGAGCAUCGACGGUUUCGAGUGUGCUGGCCAUGUAGGCGAGACGGAUAUCACGAACUUGAUUCUGUUGAGUCGGGCGAGACAGUCGCUCAAGGUGCCGUUCAUCGCCUCGGGAGGCUUUGCAGACGGACAGGGUCUUGCUGCGGCGCUAAGCUUGGGAGCCGAGGGCAUCAACAUGGGGACUCGCUUCAUGUGCACCAUUGAGGCGCCGAUCCACAACAAUAUCAAGGAUUCGAUCGUCAAGGCGUCAGAGAACGAUACAGAGCUUGUUUUGAGAAGGUGGAAGAAUACCAGUCGGCUGUUCAAGAACAAAGUGUCGCAGGCAGCGACGCAGAUUGAGAGGACAAGUACGACGGGCAAGUUUGAGGAGGUUCAGCCGUAUGUUAGUGGCCAGAGAGGAAGACAGGUGUUCCUCAAUGGAGACCCAGACUACGGUGUGUGGACUGCUGGUCAAGUUAUUGGUCUCAUCCACGACAUUCCAUCGUGUGAGGCAUUAGUAAAGAGGAUUGAGCGUGAGGCUGAGGAGACUCUGAGCAAGGCAUCCUCCCUGAUUAUCCCCGCUAGCAAGCUGUAA